AUGAUUCCAAGUCGAACAUGCAGCGAAAGAAAAAUCGGUAUUUACAAAUAUAUUUGUAACAAACCAAUCAUAAAUCUUGUCUCAAUUUCCUCCAUCAUCCAUAUUCUUUUUCAUCCACAGUUUAAAAAAAAGAAAACAAGCUAUUCGACUAUGGCCGAAGCUCUCAGUGAUGAUGUCGAGUCAAAUAGCAACGCUCCAUUAGCCGUUCAAGUCAAUUAUCCAGGUCCAAAACCUGAUAUUCAAUAUCCAUUAAAUAUCCAAUAUUGCGGCGAAUGUUCUCUUCCAUUGGAAUACUGUGAAUAUGGUCCAGAUCCCGAACGAUGUCGGGAAUGGCUCGAACGAACACUACCUGAUCUAUUAAAUCAAAUGCAAGCAACAUCAAAUGCUGCUGAUGACAAGAGUGGAGAGAAAAAACGACAAACUCGUGGCGGGAAAGGCAUGCCCAAGGGAAAGAAGAAGUUCGAAGCACAAAAAAUCAUUGUUAGUAAACAACAACGAAAAGGAAAUAAAUUUGUUACGAUUAUUCAAGGUCUUGCAUCGAACGAAGUGGAUAUGGAAUUAGCGCGGAAGUUUUUCGCUCAAAAAUUUUCCUGCGGCUGUUCAAAAUCAGCCGACGAUGAAUUAACCAUACAGGGUGAUGUAGUCAGUGAGUUGAUUGAUUUAUUACCAGAAAAAUGGAAUCAGAUUAAUCCGGAAUUGAUUGAAGAUAAAUCUUGA